GGCGUAGAUUGAUAGAAGAUAGAAGGCCGCUAGUAGGUUGUCGAGUGAUCAGUACUAGAUGAACUGGUUGAUUAAGAUUAUCACUUCCUUUUAUUAGAAAUAUCUGCUUUGCUUUUGUCAACAAGUAGGAUGAAAUUGAAAGACGAGCAGCAGCAGAAGUCUUCUUUUGCUGACGUGGUCGCGUCUUCACAACAAAAAAACGAACUAUGCUGCGAGAAAGACGAUGACACUGGGAACAAGAAAGUAGAUGAAAGUUCGCUAGCCGGACUUGGGUUCUGGGGGCUUGCGUUUACGAUUCUGGUCACAUCCAUUGGCACUCCUUUGAUUUCGGUUGCUAGCAUGGCACGUGAAGUGACACCAGUUUUAGCGGUUGUCCUCUGUGGUCUAGGUGUCUUGCUCGGCACAGAAGCGAAUCGGCUGAUUGCAGCUACUUGCGAUAUAUUGGAACGGAGAGAUAAUAUUACCGGGGAGGAGGUGGACACUACAACGAGGGAGCAUGUUCAACGGGAUCAUAAAGUAGCAGAACAAGAACACGAGGAAUACGAACAUAGCCCACGUGAAGAACACGACAAGAGUUUCUCUAUCAAAUUUAGACUCACUUCUAAAAAGCUCAGCGGAGAAAACGAGAACAUUGGCACUGUGGUCGGAAUAGAACAGGAGCGGGCAGAUAACAAAAUGACACCACGUUCUGCGCCUCUCGAUUCGGAAUCAAAAGGCCACUCAGCUGCAAGAGUAGGGCAAGCUGAAUCCUCCUCAUUACGAAAAAACACUACGCCCGUGAAAUCAUAUGCUGACUACCUUGAGCGAUGUUUCCAGAAGCAACCCUUCAUUCUUCGACUAGCUUCGUGCACGCUCUUCGUCGGCUACUUCACGCUUUUUUUGGUAGGUGAUAUCAUGUUGGUCAACUCGCUGAUGCAGAUUGGUCCUUCGCAGGGAACGCGCCUCGGCUACACACUUGGCUUUCUACUUCCUCAGCACCUCUUUCGAGCUUUCGCGAGCCG